AGACGAACUAGACAAGAGCAUCGUCUUUAAAAUAAUAUAAGAUAAAAUGGUAUAAAUAGGCUUUCGUCUUUGAAAUAGCACAUUCAGGGAGUUAAACCCCGUGUGUAACAACGAAAAUGCGCGGAUUCUUCGUUGUUUGUUUGUGCUUGGGCGUGGCCCUUGCCGCUGAGUUCCCUGGAAAGUUCCAGUUCAACACAAAUGCCCGUCGUUUCAACAGCGGCGUGAGCGCCUCGGCGUCGGCCAGUUACCGCGGCGACGUCAACUCUGGACGCUACGUCGACAAUUCUGGACGCUACAACCCCGCGGCUGACAACUCGGGCCGUUACGUGCCCGAUGAUCUCGGCAAAUACAACGGUGACCGAGGAGACCGUGGUGGUGCCGGCGGUUUCUACAGCGGCUCCAGUGACCGCGGCGCUCCCGGGGGCUUCUACAAGGGCUCGAGUGACCGUGGCGACCGCGGCGGUCCCGGUGGCCAGUACACCGGCGACAACAACAAGGGCUUCGGUGCUGGUGGUGCCGGUGGUGCUGGAAACGCCGGUGGCGCCAACAGCGCUAGCGCCUCAGCGUCUGCUGGCGUCGGCGGUUCCGCCAAGGCCUCCGCGUCCAGCGGCGUCGGCGCUGGCCGGUUUGGCUCCGGUGUCGGCGUGAGCGGCAAGGCUGGGUCCACUUUCGGUUCAGGUGUUGGUGUAAGCGGGGUUGGUGUUAGCGGUGUUGGUGUUAGCGGCGUUGGUGUGUCCAGCAGCGCUAGCGCUGGCUCCGGAAAGGUUUACAGCAGCGGUAGCGCCGGCAACUACGACUACAAAUACGGCAUCAUCCGUCAAGAGGGAGAAGUCGAACCCGAUGGCUACCACUACCUGUACGAGACUGAGAACAAGAUCCUUGCCGAAGAGGCCGGCAAACUUGAGAAGAUCGACAGCGAAAACGAUGCUAUAAGAGUCAAGGGAUUCUAUGAGUUCGUCGCCCCCGAUGGCGUCACCUACAGAGUCGACUACACCGCUGAUGAGACCGGCUUCCAUCCCUCUGGCGCCCACAUCCCCAAGUAAAGAGUCUAAAUUAGUUAAUCGAAGAAACGUAUGUGACAAGUAUUAAUUUUGUCAGACAAGGCUCAAACUGUGUUCAUUCAAUUAUACUAGGCAUUGAUUGUACAAUGGCUUGUUAUAAUAAA